GUACUCCUUCCUCAAACGUUGCCGUCAUGUCAGGCAAGAGAACACCUCCUGAGGCUCAAUCAGACCCUAGAGGUCAUCCAGCUCUAUCUACACCUCCUAAGGCCUUGGAAGACGCAGGGACACCUCACCCAGCUUCCGCCCCUGGGUCCAAUGAUUCUGCAUCAAAGCCCUCCUCCUCCUCCCCGUCAUCAUCCUCCUCAUCAUCGUCUGGGCUCAAGAUGCCUUCCCUUAGACCGAAGCCCAAUGGCUCCGCAAAUGGAGCAGGCACAUCAAGCUACUCGAGUAUAGCUGCAAAUUUCUAUCCCCGGCAUGCUGGAGGUCCUCCGCCUACUGGGCCUCUCGCUCGUAAAGUCUCUGCUGCUGAAGCCGAGACGUACUUCAAGAACACACCACCUAUGCUGGGCAUGACGAAGUGGAGCAAGUGGAUAGGCAUGUUUGGAUGGGCCACGAUCUUUGGCGUUGCAACUUAUGGUGUCCUGUUUUCGUACGAGGGCGGUAGAGAGCAUGUCUUUUCGCCCAUCCGUCGUCAAGUAUUCGGUAUUUGGCACAGACUCAACGGCACCUAUGACCCUGUCGCAGCACAAGCAGAGCUCGACAAGAGAGACGAAGACCUGGCAUGGUAUGAACAGAAAAGGGUUGAACAGUUGGAAGACCGAAAGAAGAAGGGUGUGUACUUUGGCUAGACUGCAUGAUGAGUGAGAACUGUUUGAGUCUCUCCGAUUCUGCGCUGCAUGUACCGAGUAUGCUUGCUCUUUCGGGCUAUCCCACUGAAGACUCCGUUAACCUGUGUGAGCGGGAUCAUGCUGAGAUAUACAGGUUGCGCGGCAGGAAAUCACACUCGUAUGCAC